AUGGUAAAUGUGUCUGCAGUUCGCGACAGCCUUGUUCAGGCCGCCCAAUCCACACGAGUUGGGAUGCGCUGCUUGAACACUGGACGAGACUCACAUGAUGCCUCUAUCCGAGCAUUAUCGCUACUUACGGAUUUAUUGGAUCUUCUCUACCGCAUCAAAGACGAGAUCAGCUGGGCCGAAGAGAAAUGGUUCGUCGCAGUCGGGCGCCUUCGAGCGCUGAGCGAGCUCCUGUCAUGGUUCAGAUUAACCAUGAAGUCUCUAGAGCUCUACUUCCAACCUGGGGGCGUGAGCCCCUUCUACUUCCGAAAACACCUCUUAGACAAGACCUAUAUUCCUCGAUUCGAGCAAUACAAAAUUAUGUUCCUCCUUUCUAUGCAGCCUGACUCCGAGGAACGAGCUUUGUUGGACAAGCAGAUUCGCGGCGAUUUGAAGCGACAUCGUGACGUGGAAACCAGUGGCCUAAAAAAUGACCAGCAGUUCGAAGAUGAGGCCCUUGGGCUAACGAGUCGACUGUCCUCCGAACACUUCAUCACGCUCGCGGAUCUUUGCAACCGACGACAACAGGGAUCUUGCUCCUGGAUAUUUGAAAACUCAAAUUUUAGACAGUGGAUGAUAGGAGGAUUCAGAACUUUGUAUUGUGUUGGGCCUCCGGGCGCGGGCAAGACAUUCUUAUCGUCCACGAUUAUCGACUUUCUCCAGAAGACAUUUACCUCACCCGAUGUUGCGACGGUCUUUGUCUUUUGUCAAGGCGAGGGUGGGAAAGAAGCAUCAUCCAUAGAUCUCCUAAAAACCAUUCUAGCCCAACUGGUAUUCCGAAAGCGCAGUCUGUCCUAUGCAACGUCUUCACUGUAUAAUGCAGAAGCUCUUAGGGAAGGGAGCGCUUCGUCUAAGGCAUACCAAAACGCCAUCCGGGCUGAGAUUAAUCGUUUCUCGAAAGUACUAUUAGUGCUUGAUGGGCUCGAUACAUUUCCAGACAAAGACCGCAUCUUAAGUCGGAUGCACAAACUUCCGCAGCAUGCCCAACUUCUUGUUACGCUGCGAGAAUUGAGUGGCACAAAGUCGCUGGAAAGUUCUGGAUACGUGAGCGUCUUAGCGCCACCGGAGGAUAUUGGACUCUACACCCUCGCUCGUACAAAAUCGGAUAGCAGUAUACGCAACAUCAUCGGAGAAAAGAAUCCAGAUCUCAAAAUUGAGGAUGACAUUCUUCAUUCCGUGGUGGAGAAGUCACAUGGGAUAUUUCUUUUGGCCAAAAUUCAUCUUGAUCUCUUGUCUCAGUAUAACGAUCGGAAUCUACUUGAAAGAGCCCUCGUUCACCUUCCUGAAAACCUUGCAGAAGCUUAUGGCGAAUCAAUGAAACAAGUUGUCAGCCACAGCCCAUCGGCAACCCGCUAUGUCUAUUGGGUUCUUUAUGCACUUAGAUCGCUGUCGGUCGCUGAACUUCGAAGUGCUGUGGAUGACGAUGCCCAUUCAAAGCCAGAUUCAAUGACAUUUGAGCAUUUUUUGCAGAUACAGACCGCGGGGCUUCUGUCUGUCGAUGCGGUCUCUGGUACUGUUCGAUUUGUUCAUCGCACGGCGAAGGAGUACCUCGAGGGCUCUGCAGCUAGAGUCUUCUUUCCAUCAGCACAGAAAGAUAUUACGGAAGCUUGCCUAUCAGUAAUUAGUCCCGAUGAAGUGGUAGAUGAUUGUUAUCAUACCGACAUGGGUUCAUCACGCAUCGUGAACAAAGGCCUCGUCAACUAUGCUGCAGCUAACUGGGGUCUGCAUGCUCGAGAAGUGGAUGAAGAUGAGCAGACUUUCCAAGUGCUUAUCAAAACUUUUCUCAACAAGCUUCUCUGGAGAAGGCCACCCCUGGAUUACGAAAGAGGGAGAGCUGAGAGUAUGCCAUCAGAGCUGGGCCUCGGAAAGUAUCCCAACGACUGGACCGGCCUACACUACCUGGCGUUUUUCGGAGUUCCCGGGAAAGCCAAGCGGCUUUUAGAACAGGGCGCAAAUGUGAAUGCCCAAGAGAAUGCCUUAGGUGUAACACCAUUACACUGUGCGGUACACCAAGGCAACGAUGAAAUGGUGGAGUUUUUGCUUGAAAGAGGAGGCAGUGUCAAUGCGACCAAUUCCCAGGGCCAGACAGCUUUGCAUAUCGCUUCCAUACGAGGUCACCGGAAAUGCAUGAAGCUUUUAUUCGCGGAGCACAUCGACUUACAGAAAGUGGACAACAGGGGGGAUUCGAGCCUCCAUGCUGCCGUGGGAACUGCGACCGAUGAGUCUACAGUCCCCCUAUUGGUCAAGCACAAGGUAGACUUGGAUUUACAAAAUCCAGAUACUGGCAAUACUGCUCUUCAUAUCGCAGUGCAGUUGCGGCGUCCUCGAAUCAUUUUGUUUCUCUUGGAAAAAGGAGCUGCCAUUGACAUUGCGAACGAUGAAGGCUUCACUCCUUUGCAAUUGGCCGCCAACACUGACAAUUGCGAAGCCAUUUCCCUGCUUCUCCAGCACUGUGCUCACAUAGAAGCGAGAUCACUUUCGGGUCCUACAGCUCUGCAGUAUGCUGCAUGGAAAGGACAUUGGGUUGCCUUUGAUCUUCUCCUCAUUGGUGGAGCUGAUAUCAACGUCUGGAACAAACAAGGCGAGACCCUGCUCCAUGAACAGGCCCGCUACAGUGUCCAUACUGGAGUUGUGAGUAAGCUUCUGAACCAAGGCGCGAAUCUUGAAGCUCGUACAUCGCAGGGAUUUACACCGCUCCAAUGCGCUGCUAUGAACGGCAACAAAGUCAUGUUCCGAUUGUUGCUCGACUGGGGAGCCAAAAUCGAUGUACAGACAGCAAAGGGUGAGACCAUCCUCCACCUCACCCCGCCUUCCAACCAGAACUGCCUCGAUAUUUUGAAGAUGGCGCUAGACGAGGGUCUAGAUGUGAAAGCCAUGUCUCUCCAAGGCUGGACACCGCUCCAUCAGACCGUCUAUACGGGAACGGGGGUUCCGGAAAUCUCAUCCGACCGCACUGCCGAAUACAUUCAACUACUACUCAGCAACGGGGCCUCAAUAAAUGAGCUGACAGCUUCGGCCUCUGCUGAGACGCCUCUCCAUCUAGCAGCAACAUCGCCUGUUCCGCGUGCGUCUCUCGUCGAGUACCUUGUUCAGCACGGUGCUGAUGUGAAUACUCCGAGUGGCGAAGGAAAGACUCCACUGCACCUUGCCGCUGAGCGUGGGCGCGAGCCCUUAUUUCGCAUACUUCUCGAUGCUGGCGCCGACCUAUCUCUUGAGAUUCCCAAUGAGAAGAACGGCCCAGUGAAGGGUGACUUUGAAAAUCCCGAAGACUUUUACAAGGAAACACCAGUAACGGCCUUAUAUCUUGCGAAAAAGAAUCCAUUCGGAUCGCUGUGGUUUGAUGAGGAAGGGCAGUUGCGCCCUGUUCCCGAACGGAGUGGAAGAGAAAGUGCAACAACCAUUUUUGAGGAUGAUUCCGACUCCUCUGAGCCGGAGACUACUGGGGAAUCUACGUUAAUCGGAAGUGAGAAUCCGUACAUAGACGUUUAG